GAGUGACGUGGAUUUUCAUUGUGGCAGUCAGUGCUGCCAAAAAUACAGACUCACCGACGUCUCAGAGCUUUACAACUAACUUUCUUCAUAUUAAGAAGUUGUACCACUCGUUUUCUUUCCUUCGUUUGUCACACUUGAACACAAUUUUGUCACGGCUUUCAUCACAGACUCCACAAUGAGUAAAAACAGCAAAGUGUUGAACCUGAAGGAUAAAAUCAGUGGUAAUGAAGUGGACCUGAGCCUGUGUAACCUCACUGAGGUGCCAGUCAGAGAGCUGGCUUUAUUCACCAAAGCAACUGUUGUGGACUUAUCCUGCAACAACAUUACCUCGCUUCCUCCAGAGUUCUGCAACCUGACCCACCUGGUGAAGGUGGAUCUGAGUAAAAACCAGCUGACCUGUCUGCCAGAUGACCUGGGGAACCUGGCCAGCCUUCAACAUCUGGACCUGUACAACAACAAGCUGACUGUCCUGCCCGUCAGCUUCUCUCAGCUCAGGAGUCUGAAGUGGUUGGAUCUGAAGGAUAACCCUCUGGAGGCCGGCCUGGCCAAGGCAGCUGGAGACUGUCUGGAUGAGAAGCAGUGCAAACAGUGUGCCUCCAAGGUUCUGGAGCACAUGAGAGCUAUUCAGGAUGAGGUUGAUCGUGCACGAGAGAAACGCCUUUUGAGGGAAAAAGAGCUUGAAAGGAAGAAGGAGGUGAAGCAGAGGGAGCGGGAGGCCAGAGAGAAGGAGGCUCGUAAGCGGGAGAAGGCGGAGGAGAAGGAGAAGAGGAGGAAAGAGUACAACGCUCAGAUGGCGGCUGCGGCUGCACGAGAGCAACAGAAGAAGAAGAGCGAGGAGAAGAAGAAAAAGAACGGACAGGCAGCAGAUAAAAAGCUUGUUGUGGAAUCGGCACCUAAACCUCGCCGUUCUCUUGUUGGCCUGAUGUUCAAGCUCCUCCUCGUACUGCUACUGGGAUUGGCCGGAGUCGCCGCUGCCUGCCGGCUGACCGACCUGCAGAGGGAAGCUGCGUGUGUGCCGGUCAAUGUCGCCUUGGACAACAGCCUAUCCUGGGCCAAAGAGCAGGAGGGUGUGGUCAGACAGCUGGUGCAAAAUCUGUCGUCCGCAGCAAAGGAGUUUCUUGAAUCCACACAAACGUCUAAGAACUAAACUAUCAUCUGCCGCCAUCAACUUCCAGAGCUGCAGGAUUUCUACUCCCACCUGUGAAUCCUGGGAUUUUUUUUAAUAUGCUGAAAUCAUGAAUCUCAUUAAGAUGGGCAACCCUGCCUCCCCUCACCCUGUUUGAGGUGCUGGGAGGUGAAGAGUCUGUACAGAUAAAUAAAGGGGGAUGGACAGAUGUGUUAAAAUCAUCUUAAAUUCCUAUGGAAUUGUUGUCGCUCUUGUACCCUCUUUGUACUACAGCCUGUUUUUAAAAACACUCGUCUUAAAUAUCUCCCUGUCGACCAUGUUUUGCGCUUUGAGCACCACCCAGAGCUGGUUUGUGUUUCAGUGCAUCACAUGGAGCAUGGGUUAUAUUUGAGAGAUGUUCAGUGAAAUAUCAGGUGGCCCUGUCUGUGCUGCACUGGAGUGUCGAGUCACAUGUUAACUGCCAGUCAGAGUUGUGCAUCAGCCAGUGUUCGAUGUGGCAGUCUGAGCAUGUGCAGUGAAGGCUGUGUGAAUGUAGAACUCACUCGUCUGUGGCCUCCUCUUGUCUUUAUAGUCUUACAGCUAAAUCUCGAAGCUAAUACACACCAUCUGGCAUGCAAGCUAGAGCCCAACUGAUACAUGAGUGGAUUUUUUAUCUUAGCACAGAUAUAACGGUAUCAGGCGUAUAUGUCGGCUAACUAACAAGAACUUGCAACACAUAAAUGCCAAAGAUAUGCUUUAAGUAAUUUAGAAACAGCGUUGUCAUUACAUAGUCUGUCCCACUCAGUACAGUACUGUAAUUAGUAAUCUGUUUACAAAUAUAGAUGCUGAUUAUUUUUCUGUCGAUCGACUAAUCGAUUAAUUGACUAAUCAUUUCAGCUAUAGUUUGUUAAAAAACUGCCGAUUAAUCGUCAUCAGAUUUUUCUAAACUCUUAAAUAUUGAUAUCUGUAUUGGCCUCAAAAUUCCGGUAUCAGUCAGGCUAUAAUGUACACCCUUCCCAGUGCGCAAACUGUAUUAAAAGAACCAUACUGAUAAUUUUGCACGUGUUAACCCUUUUGGUAGAAAUCCUGUCUACAUCACAGAUAUCCAUUUUACAAACCAUGCUGUUGUGUUUUUUGACCUUUUGCAUGUAUUUUACCUACUUUUCUUACACUCAUUGGUUUCCAUUCAUUUCUGUACAGUCUGAAAAGUAAUUACCAGACUCUUGAAACUUGCUAAAGAUGUGGAGUCCAUCACAGUAAACACGAGAUAAUGAAAAUGCACACAUUUCAACUCAAAUAUGCACUUAAACGUCAUUACCACACAAAACUAAUGGAACUUCAACACAAUUACAUCCAGACUUGAUGUUCACUGUGAUGGAUGGAUUACACAGACAAAAUGGAAACCAGUGGCUGCAUGGAAGGUAGGAAAAGUACAAAAACACUGCAGCAAAAUUUGCAUAUGUGUGUGUGUGUUUUCUUAUUAAGAGGUUAUCACUUGUAAAAACAGUGGUAUGGUCCUUUUUAAAGAAUGCAGUGGUUACAGUAAGUUCACUGUAGCUCAGAAUCCCAGUGCUGAUAUUGAACUAACGGACCAAAAUCUUUCUUCUUGUAAUCAUCUAUAAUGUCAACUAUAGAAAUAAAAGGCAACUGGCAGAUUAUUUUACUGUUCUUUCAGUUUAACUGGUGACUUUUGAAAUGCAACUUAUUUUAAUUUUUCAGGGUGUCUUCAUGCAAAAAGCUGCCUUUGCUGCUGUGGUUCUUGUAAAGCUUUGUCCAUGCUCAAACAUUGUCAGCAUCAAUAAAUGGCUAUGCACUGCAAGAAAUAUUU